UCACUCCCCGUUUUAACUUUUAACAUCUCUCUCUCUCUCUAAAAAUCUCUACAAAGAAAUUUAGCUUUUCUCCUCUUAAUCUGAAAUCACUUCUCCCCUUGGAGCACUGAAACUCAGCUAAAAGGUGAACGUCCUCAUUGAAUCUACCUGUACAAGUGCGUUGAAACCUUACAUUUUGGUGGUGUUAGGAAGUUUUUGGAAAAUUUAUAAGGAGAGAUCCCAUCUAUAUAUAACCAAUAUACCAUUUUACGAUAUGAAGUUUCAUUCUUUAGAUUGUUGAGAGAGAGAAGACGAGUAUUUCUGUUUGUAAUUUGAGAGGUAAGUCGUGCACUCGUGCUUGUUAUUUUGAUGUAUAGCAAUUAAGGGUUUGAGUUCUUAUAUGUUUGUCUCAGUAGAUUCUGCUUUGCUGUUUGGCUAGAUUUCUAUCAUGGUUUUGUUGUUCUUGUGCUCCAUGUAAAAUUCUAGGGUUAGGGUUUUGGUGUUCUGAUUUUAGGUUUUUGUUCUCUUGCAUACUGAUAUUCUAUUUCGUUGAAAAGUUUGGCUAUGUUUUUGAAUAUUUUUGGGUUUUUUUCUUUGUUUUUCUGUUCUACCAGAAACGUUUUAGAAUUGGAGUUCUUUCACUUUCGAUAGCACAUGAGAUUAGUUUUGCAAUUGUUUGAUCGUUUUGUCAAUACUAAUAUCCAGAUACUAAUAUCUAGAAACAAAUUCUAGGGCAAAAAAAUUAUUCAAAGCCUAAUAUUUUACAUAUAAAUAUGAUUUUUACACACUUGUUAUAUAUAAGGUUAUAUGUGAUUUUUAUAUAGGCUUGUAUAAAAGUCUUUUGCAAACGCUAAUCUUUGCAGCUGCCUCCCUUCUCCCCUGAGUAGUUGACGUCGAAGUGGAAGAGAAAGAAAGGAGGGGUGGAGUUUUUCUUGUUUUUUGGGAUUGGAUUAAAGUUUUGGCUCUAACAACUAUCAAAGGGUCAACGAGCAUUAUGCCUCCUCAGUCUUCAGGUUUAUUGAGGAAAAAAAUCUCAUAGGAAUGGGUGGAAUAGGGAAAAGAUAGCUGAUAGGUAUGUUUUCAGGACUUAUUAUUAUUCUUUUAUUAAUUAAGGAUGCUGCAUUGUAUUUACUUCGAUCCCUCACUGCACCCUAAUGUUAUUGAAUGGUCAUAAUCAGCUUUUCAGACUUGAAAUACUGACUAAUCUGAUUUAUGUUGACAGGCAAAGGGUUUACGUUGUGAAAUACUGACUAUUUUUUAUUUUGUUUCAUUUAAAUUUCAUUCAACAUAUUUUAAUAUUUGAUACAUUUUGUUUGCAGCGAUGUCAAUGCGACAAUUAAGAAGUUUGGGUCUUGUCGUGUUGAACAUAUUUUUCGUUUAAGUAACCAGGUUGCAGUCUUCUUAGCUAAGAAUGCAAUUGGUGGUAACUCUUAUACAUUGUCAAAUGUUUUGAAGAUCGUUUCAGUGGAUCAAGUAAUGACAUAGUUGAUUUUAGGGUAUCGUUUAACAAAUAAUUUUUUUUAUACUAGUAUGAGUAAUGCUUUUGUACUCUUUAUUGAAAGAUUGUUUGAUGCUUAAUGCCACUUGAAUGAUAGUUAAGUUUAAUAGUAACAUGUUUGAAAUGUAUAGAAUCUGAUUGAAAUUUUUUAUAGGGGACCUCUUUGAAAGGCUACACGAGAUGGGCCGCUUCAUUGAUUUGACACCCGGAUGCUUUGGAUCGUUUAGGGAUGAUUACCCCAAGAUCUUACUACAUUUGUAUACCCGACUUCACCCUAAUGGUGUUGAAUGCUCGCAAUCAGCUUUUCAGAGCUGAAGUACUGAUUUAUGUUGGCAGACAAAGGGUUUAUGUCGUGAAUUGCAGUAACACUCUUCUUAGCUACCCUGUAGUGUUUACUAGAUGGGUACCACCAAUUCGUGGCAUAUGGAAAUUAACCCUUGAUGGAUUUGUUAGUCAAAAUGCUGGCGUUGGUGGCUUCUUGAGAAAUUGGUACAGCAAAAUUGAACCCGUGUUUCAAGGUAAAAUGGAAAAGAUUUUUGACUAUUGUGACACCGAUGAAGCAUGCUACGAAGCUGAACUUUAUGCUGUGUAUUAUUGUCUAAAUACAAUUUUUGAAACUCAUGGCGAAGAUUUUUGCCGAAAGAUGAGGCUGACAAUUGAGUGUGAUAAUUUAAGAGUCGUCAAAGCAUUGAGAACGGGCGUCUUUCCUCUAGAUUCAAGCUUUGAAAUAAAGCAUAGCACUGUUGCUGAGUUGAUGGAUCGUUUUGAGUAUUGUUGCUGUUGGUAAACGUGCAAGUUUUAAAAACUUUUCGAGAGAUUUUGAUUCAUAGAUCUUAAUUCAUCACAUAGAGAC